AUGGACGACAGGAGGACACAGGCACUUGCCAAUUACAGAAAGAGGCUACUGGAGCAUCGGGAACUGGAUGCAAAAGUAAAAGAAUUACGAUUAGGCCUACGAAGCCUUGAAAAGGACUUUGACAAGACAGAAGAUGACAUUAAAGCAUUGCAAUCUGUGGGCCAAAUCAUUGGCGAAGUGCUCAAACAAUUGGAUGAAGAGAGAUUCAUUGUCAAAGCAUCAAGCGGUCCAAGAUAUGUAGUAGGAUGUCGAAACAAGGUCGCCAAAGACAAGCUCAAACAGGGUACUCGUGUCGCCUUGGACAUGACUACACUGACAAUUAUGAGAAUACUACCUCGUGAAGUUGAUCCGCUUGUAUACAACAUGUCAACUGAAGAUCCUGGAGAUAUUACGUUUGCUGGUAUUGGUGGGCUUGGUGAACAGAUUCGGGAAUUGAGAGAGGUCAUUGAACUGCCGUUACUGAAUCCUGAACUCUUUAUUCGUGUUGGCAUCAAACCACCAAAAGGUGUCUUGCUAUAUGGGCCUCCCGGCACUGGAAAGACUCUGUUGGCUAGAGCUGUGGCUAGUACCUUGGAAUGUAACUUUUUAAAAGUCGUAUCAAGUGCUAUUGUUGACAAGUAUAUUGGAGAAUCGGCUCGUCUCAUUCGUGAAAUGUUUGGAUACGCGAAGGAACACGAACCAUGUAUUAUUUUUAUGGAUGAAAUUGAUGCUAUUGGUGGAAGACGUUUCUCAGAGGGUACCUCUGCAGAUCGUGAAAUUCAAAGAACUUUGAUGGAGUUAUUGAAUCAAAUGGAUGGAUUUGAUUAUCUCGGUCAAACGAAAUUGAUUAUGGCGACAAAUCGUCCUGAUACUCUUGACCCAGCACUAUUACGACCUGGUCGAUUAGAUCGAAAGAUUGAAAUUCCAUUACCUAAUGAACAAGGUCGAAUGGAGAUUCUCAAGAUUCAUGCUGGCCCAAUUACCAAGCAUGGUGAAAUUGAUUAUGAAGCCAUCGUCAAGCUCUCUGACUCAUUCAACGGAGCUGAUUUGAGAAACGUUUGUACAGAAGCAGGCAUGUAUGCUAUUCGAGAGGAGCGAGACUAUGUAGUGCAAGAAGACUUUAUGAAGGCUGUUCGAAAGGUUGCUGAUACCAAGAAACUUGAGACCAAGAUGGAUUAUGAUAAAGUCUAG